AAAAUGGCGGCUGCACCGUCAAAUUUGGGGACACAAUUCCGCAAAGAACUGUCCUGCAGCAUCUGCCUGGAGCUGUUCACCAGGCCCAAGGUGCUGCCCUGUCAGCACACCUUCUGUCAGGACUGUCUACAGGGUGUUGCAGGGUGGGGAGGGACCCUCCGGUGCCCAAUCUGUCGGCAACAAGUCACACUGCCACCUCAGGGGGUCGCAGGUUUGCCAGACAAUCUUAUAGUGGCUAACAUGUGUGAGAGGUUCCAACAACAAGCUACAACAUCAGAGGAAACAAGGGAACAGCCCCAGUCUGGAAACAGGUGCAGUUUUCACCCUACUGAUGUGUACAGAAUGUACUGUAAACAAUGUCAGAUGCCAGUUUGUGACGAGUGCAUAGAGGGGGCUCAUAAUCGUCAUCUUCUAACAACCAUCAAAAAAGCUGCACAGGAAAACAGACCUACAGUCCAGGCCUUGAUCCAUGAGGGGAGGAACAUUCUGGAAAGUUACUGUGGCUUCAUCAGAGGUCUGAGAGAGACUGAGAAAACCCUGAAUAAACGGAAACAGCAGACAGACAAUGCUAUCACUCAGGCUUGCAACGAACUCUUGGCAAAAGUGCAACAAAAUCACCUGGAAAACUUGGAGAAAAUACAGACUGAACGGGACCGAGUGUCAGCAGAUGUCAAUGAACUGUCUGCUGCCUGUGAUCGAGCAGAACAAGAACUGCAGCAGGGAGGGGUCGAGUUUCUCAGUCAGCAAACCGCUCUGACAGAGGUGGUAGGAAAGUACAGAGGAAAAGCAGCACCAACUCCUGUACAAACCCAGCCUGCUGUCUUUCAGCCCUCAGACACCCCCGUGCCAGUAUUGGGACAUGUGACGGUCCAGUCUCUCCCAUCUGCACCAAUCCCAGCAGCACCUGCAGCAAGGGGCACAGGUCAUCACCAUGGUAACCAAAGGCAAGAGGAGCCUCAGCCCCAGAAGGUGACAUUUGGUGGAGAGGGAUCAGGAACAGGACAGUUCAAGGAUCCAAUUGGUGUUACAGUGUCAGAUGAAGGGGAGAUUUUUGUAGCAGACAACGGGGAGCAGGGAAUCCAAGUCUUCACCCUGCAGGGAACGUUUGUCCGACAGUUCCCAACAGUCGUGUCAGGUGAAGUGGAGAUAAGGCCAGAUGAUGUGGCCCUGGACGGGGAGGGGAACCUGUGGGUGGUGGGGAACUCAGGCUCUGGUGAGUUUGCUGUACAGUACAACAACCAGGGCAGGGUGCUGAGGAAGUUUGACCUACAGGAGACAGGGUGGUACAGAGGAGUUGCUGUGGACACCAGGAGGAACCACAUCCUCAUCACACAAACCACAGGAGACUGGGGCAACCCACAUGUUGAAGUUUUGGUGUUCAGGCCAGAUGGAACACUUGUGAGAACUGUGGGUCAGCAGCAGGGGAUGGAGGAACCACAGUACAUCACUGUGGACAGGGAGGGGAACAUUCUUGUGUCAGACUGUGAGAAUCACUGUGUCUUUGUGUACAAAGAGGACGGACAGUUUCUGUUCAAGUUUGGAGGUGAGGGAAGUGGUGAAGGUCAGCUGAUGUCUCCCCGUGGCAUCUGUACAGACAGGGCAGGGAACAUCAUCGUGGCAGACAGUGAAAACAGACGUGUGGAGAUGUUUGACAAGACAGGAAAAUUCCUCAAACACAUCGCUACAGACAUGGAGAUGCCAUGGGCUGUUGCCAUGGCAACACAGGGACAGCUGCUGGACGUUUGGCUGGACAUCAGCAUGAACAACGUGCGUCUGCCAGCCCUCUCCAUCCCUGAACCAGACUAUCAUGGUUACCUGAGUAAGCUGGGCUACGUGCACAAAGUCUGGCGUAGGAGGUACUGUGUGCUGAAGGAUGGAUGUUUGUACUACUACACUGACUACAACUCUAAACGCGCCAUCGGCGUGGCCCAUUUCCAUGGUUACCGGGUGGAGCCCAUGGCGACAGGGGGGAAGUCUCACGCCUUCUGUUUGACCCCGCCUGACCCCGACAUCCGGACCUUCUACUUCAGCGCAGACAACGAGGCCGAGAAACUCAAGUGGAUGGAAUGUCUUGCAGACUCUCUCGGCCGCUGGAUCAAGGUGGACUGAGGACUUCUGUUUCUUAACUCACUAGGUCAUUAUCCUACAAUAACACCCUGUAUUAUCUGGGUAUUUAUUUUACUAGGUCAUUAUCCUGCAAUAACACCCUGUAUUAUCUGGGUUUCUAUUUUACUAGGUCAUUAUCCUACAAUAACGCCCUGUAUUAUCUGGUAUUUAUCUACAAGUAUCUAUUUUUAGUACCAGCUUAUU